CAGAGUUUGAAAAAAAAAAAAAGGGCAUCUCAAGAUAUUAAAAAAAAAAAUUCAAAUCAAGCCCUUUGGUACUAUUUUCAAUAAUAUAAACUAUAUAUAUACUAAUAAACGAGGAGAUGUCUGAUAAUAAAGAAGAAUACAAGCCGGUUACCGUGGAAAAGCCAAUACCCAAUACUUUUGAUUUGGGGAACUUGGCUACUUUUGAUCCAAACCCAUUAGAUAAUGCUCAGUUGAAAGAUCCAAAGCAAAGAGAAGAAUAUUUAGCAACAAGAACCAGAGACAACGUACAAUUGUUGAUCAACCAGAUCUUAUCCCUUCCGGUUAAAACCACCACUGAUAGUAAUAGUGCCACUGGGCAAAAUUCCAACUUGACCUUAAUACAAUUACCCGAACCAACCACCCUUUUACCAAGAGAAAAAGCCAUUCCAAAAGCCAAACCUCCUACCAAAUGGGAGCAAUUUGCUGCUAGAAAGGGUAUCAAGGCUAAGGCCAAGGACGGUAAGAUGGUUUACGAUGAAGCCAGUGGUGAAUGGGUUCCUAAAUGGGGUUAUAAAGGUAAAAAUAAACAAUUGGAUAACCAGUGGUUGGUUGAGGUUGAUGAUAAAGUUAAGAACACCGAAAAUGAAUUGAUUGACCCAAGAACCUUAAGCCGUGCCGAAAGAAAGAAGUUGGUUAAGAAAAAUGAAUUACAACAUAAACGUAACUUGAAAAAUCAAUCUGCCUAAGUCUUUUAACGAAUUAAAUAAAUUGUAUAGUUAUAACUCUUCACUUCAUCAUUCCAUAUUUC